CAAAGGCCGCCCUUACUGGCGUCUGGCAUAACUGAGCGUACAAUACGACGCUAAACGUUCACACAAACAUAGCUUAACUCUGACGUCGAGCUGUCAGCGGAUCACAGAAAAUGGGUCUCUUCGGUAAAUCUCACGAGCAAAACCCGAAAGAAAUGGUCCAAGAAUGGACGCACAAGUUGAGGAAAGAAGGUUAUCAAUUGGAUAGGCAGGUUCGCGCCAUUCAACGAGAAGAGGAAAAGGUUAAGCGAUCGCUAAAGGAGGCAGCAAAGAAAGGUGACAAGGAUGUUUGCACAAUUCUGGCGAAGGAAGUAAUUAGGGCGAGGAAAGCGUGCAACAAAAUUUACACAUCCAAAGCGCACUUGAAUUCAGUUUCGCUCCAGAUGAAAAAUCAACUGGCGACGAUACGAGUCGCCGGUUCGCUCUCCAAGUCCACCGAAGUAAUGCAGGCCAUGCAAUCUCUGAUCAAGGUCCCAGAAGUAGCUGCAACAAUGAGAGAAAUGUCAAAGGAAAUGAUGAAAGCAGGAAUAAUUGAAGAAAUGCUAGACGAAACCAUGGAUUCGGUGGAAGAUUCUGAAGAGAUGGAAGAUGAAGCACAGGAAGAAGUUGACAAGGUUCUGUGGGAACUAACGGCAGGCCAAUUGGGGACAGCUCCUGCCGUUGUUACCGAAACGCCCGGUGUACAACCGGUUGCGGCGUCGUCGUCCAAGGAAGAAGAAGUGGAAGACGUCGACGAUACUGAGUUGGAAGAGAUGAAAAACAGAUUGCAAAGUCUGCGUAGUUAGACAUGUAAACCAUUAUGCGAAAAACCUUAUUGAUAAGGAUGAAAGAAUUUAUAAAUAUAUAUAUAUAUAUUUUUUUUUUUAUAAUGCAUACACAAGUUGUGCGAAAGUUUUUCAUCGAAACGAACGGAGAGAGAUUUGAACAUUUUAAUGGCACAUAGAAAUAAAAAGUAGAAGGUGGGUCAAAAUGUCACCUUUCAAAUUCACGCACCUGGAGAAACACUUGUUCAUGUAAAAGCAUAGUCAAAGUCGAACUCGAUUGAAAAACUCGCACAAUAUUACGAAACUAAUAAUCCAUUGCAGAAGCUGGCUUCGUUGUUGCAAUUGUCACUAAUAAUUACAGGCGUAUGGGUACUUGCGUCACAGUUAGAUGCCUGGUUAAUAGUCCACAGUAGUGUAGAUUCAGUAGAAAAUCAUUAUUUAUCACUAGUUACAGAGUACACGUGCUACAUAUUCUGUCACAUAGCAUAUAAUUUUGUAACGGAAUAUACGAAUUCUAUGAAUUUGA